AUUAGUAGCAGCAGUAGAUGAACCUGCUGGGUUCUAUCCUGUUCGGUGUCAUUGUGAACUUGCUCCCAAUUCUUACCCGAAAACUCCGACCCCAAGAGAUGUACACUUUCAGGGCAUUAAGCAGAUCUAUUGGUCGAGAACACUCCAAAAUUUCCACUUCCAUUCACAAGCUUUCAUGGGUGAGCUUCGUAGCCGCAUCUCAGCAAACUGAUGCCUGCACUCCCAAUCGAUGGCACCCUCAUUACCAGAGUCGAAGGACCCUCAUUUUGGAGCCUUUGGGUUCUGAGUAUGUCAAGCUUCAAAAACUUGACGGCUCCGAUUCUGGGAUUGUUGAGGUUACAUUGGAUAGGCCUAAAAAUAAGAACGCCAUAGACACUAAAUUGAUGAGAGGCUUAAAGUAUGUAUUGGAAUUGAUUCAUCAGGACUCAUCCGCUAAUGUUGCUAUUUUCACUAGUUCGGUUCCAAGGGUUUACUGUGCCGGGGCUGAUCUUAAGGAACGCAAGACCUUUAGUGCAUCUGAGGUUCGGGAAUAUUCGAAAGCUCUUCGUGCUACAUUCUCUUAUCUAGAGGCACUUCCUAUACCAACUAUUGCUGCAGUUGAAGGUGCAGCAUUGGGUGGUGGACUUGAGCUCGCCCUUGCAUGUGAUUUUCGUAUCUGUGGAGAAGAUGCACUCUUGGGUUUGCCUGAAACUGGACAUGCUAUAAUCCCUGGGGCUGGAGCCACAAGAAGAUUACCCAGGCUAAUAAAUAAGGCAAUAGCAAAGGAUCUGGUUUUGACUGGAAGAAGAGUUGGAGGCAGAGAAGCAGAAUCUCUGGGGCUGGCAAAUUACUGUGUUCCUGCGGGGGAAGCUUAUUCAAAAGCACUGGAGGUUGCCCGGGUCAUCAAUGAAAAGGGUCCAAUAGCCAUAAAGGCUGGAAAAAGAGCAAUAGAGGAGGGACUGUUGGUGAGUGAUCCAGAAGAAGCGGCGGAUUUGGAAGAAGAAUGCUACGAGAUGACGUUGAAUACCAAAGACAGGCUCGAAGGCUUGGCUGCUUUUGUUGAGAAGCGCAAGCCUAUCUACAAAGGCCAUUGACACACGGAAUGAAUGAUCCCAUCGUAUCCUCAAUUUAAUAAAAUUGCCCCACUUUGCAAACUAUAUACAUUCAUAAAGGGAACACUUUCUUUCACCGCAAAAAAAAAAAAAAGGGGGAACACUUUCAACCGGAAAAUUAUCAACCUCAGAUUCCAGUAACCGUCUUGAGGUUAUAAAAUUAGUUUCUUCUUUACCACCCCCCGCCCCCCAAAAAAAAAGUUUGGAUCUUACAAAGCAUGAGUGUAUAUGCAUUACCAGCGAAGCAUAAAAUGUUAACUGCAUUUUUAGUUUCAUUCUCUAAUAUAUGCCUAA